AUGGAUGUCCCAGCAAUUAUUAAAGGGAAACGCGUGCGGGGGAAAAACACAAUGCCGCAUCUGCAAGAAACUCGUCACCAUGCCACAUCGCUGCUUUGUACAAAAGAAACCCAAGCCCAAACGCAACAAGGAUUUGAAAACAUUUAUUACGACUUCGAAUGUACACAGGAAAACGGAAUUCACAUCCCUAAUUUAUGUGUAGCAGAACGUGUGUGUCAACAUUGCGACAGUUUAGAUAUCGACAUCCCCUGUCACUACUGUCAAGGAUUUGGAGCACAACGCCGCUUCGUAUUUCAAGGACCCGAUACCUUAAAACAGUUUAUGGACUGGUUAUUGCAGUCCGAGACGGACGAGAAGGGUAAUGUGACUUUCAAACACGACGAGGCUACCAUCAUUGCGCACAAUUUCAAAGGAUACGAUGGACAGUUCAUCUUGAAUUAUCUGGUUCACACAGCCUGUAUCAAACCCGCAGUCAUCCUCAACGGGAGUAAAAUCUUGUGCAUGGGAGUAUUCGGCUUGAGAUUCAUCGAUUCUUACAAUUUCCUACCCUUUGCCCUGGCCAAGAUGCCCUCUGCGUUUGGAUUAACAGAACUGAAAAAAGGCUAUUUCCCCCACUUUUUCAACACGGAACAGAACCAGAAUUACGUGGGGCCUUAUCCAGAUGCGCACUACUACAAUCCUGACGACAUGUCGAUAGCCAAUCGCGAGGCCUUCUAUACCUGGUACAAUCAGCAGCAGGGAAAAGAGUUUGAUUUCCAGAAGGAAUUUCUAGCUUACUGUAUCUCGGACGUGGAUAUUUUGCGCCGGUGUUGUGCGCAAUUUAAGUCUACCCUCUACGGUCUCGUACGGGUCGACCCAUUUCAGGAAUCGAUUACUUUUGCGAGCACGGCUAAUUUAGCCUAUCGACGAGGAUUCAUGCCCCCGGACACCAUUGCCAUUAUUCCUAAUAUGGGAUAUCAACCAUCGCGCCGCUACUCGGUCAAGGCUUGUCGUUGGUUAGCAUGGUUAGAGAAUCAACACCAUUCCAUACGUCAUGCUAAAAACGGGGGUGAAGUCACUUUAGGGCCCUAUACGGUAGACGGGUACGAUGAGGAAUCGCGCAUCGUCUAUGAAUUCUACGGCUGUUACUGGCACGGGUGUCCUAUCUGUUAUCCGAAUCUGUUGACGGAAAUGCAUCCUCAUCGAGUCCAGCAUACGUAUCAAGAUCUGCACGUGCAGACCUUGAAACGAGCCACAGCUUUAGAGGAACAAGGGUAUACAGUCGUGAGCCUAUGGGAACACGAGUUUGACCAGAAAGUUCAAAACAACACCGAGUUACAAACGUUUAUACAAGAAGUCAAUAUUCAGGACCCCUUAAAUCCUCGGGAAGCCUUAUAUGGAGGUCGUACCAAUGCUACUCGCCUGUAUUGCAACGAGGGAGACAUGCGAUACGUCGAUGUGUGUUCCUUGAAUCCUUACGUUCUGAAAUACAAACCGUUUCCCACCGGGCAUCCUCAAGUCAUCACCAGCGAUUUCAAGAAUGUGAGAGAGUACUUUGGUCUCAUUCAUUGUCGUGUCUUACCACCACGAGGUCUGUAUCACCCCGUCUUACCCUAUAAGACGGGAGGAAAAGUACUCUUUCCCUUAUGCCGAACCUGUGCCGAACAUCGCAACUUAGACCCUGACGAGCGAUGCCAGCACACCGAUUCACAGCGUAGUCUGACUGGCACCUGGGUGACUACAGAACUUCACAAAGCCUUAGAUUUAGGAUAUCGUCUCGACCGCAUCUAUGAAGUCUGGGAUUUUGAAAACUCCAGUCAGGACUUGUUUCGAUCUUACAUCGAUACUUUUUUAAAAAUUAAACAAGAAGCUUCCGGAUUCCCCGAUCAUUGUCAAACGAGCGAACAAAAACAAAGCUACAUCGAUGAGAUCCGACGACGAGAAGGUAUCUUUAUGAAUCUUUUAGAUAUCGAGAAAAACCCUGUCCGAAGAACCAUUGCCAAACUCUUUUUAAAUUGUCUGUGGGGAAAAUUUGCUCAAAGAUUACAAUUACCGAAAACUCAGUAUCUGACCGAAGAAGAAGAAUUAUAA